CCAGUCUUCGAGAGAAUCCGUUGCCCUUUCCUUUACUGAUGGUGUUGUGUCUCUCCUUUUUCUUCUGCAACCAAAAACCCUUUUCUUGGUUUUCUCAUUCUUAAUUCUUUUUGUUAGUUCAAAAAAGAAAAAGAAAGAAAGAAUUUCUACCCGAAGAGCUAUGUCAGGUUUGUAUAAUCCCAACUUCUCUCCUGCAAGAGCUGCGUCUCCACAGAUUAGAAGCACCCCAGAUGUUGACAGCAAUCAGUACUUGCAAGAGUUGUUGGCGGAGCAUCAGAAGCUAGGACCUUUUAUGCAAGUGCUUCCUAUAUGUAACCGACUCUUAAAUCAAGAGAUCUUUCGGGUCUCGGGAAUGAUGUCAAACCAAGGAUUUGGAGUCUUUGACAGACUACGGCAUAGAAGUCCCAGUCCCAUGUCUUCCUCAAACCUGAUGUCUAAUGUUCCGGGUACAGGGUUAGGUAGUUGGAAUGGUCUUCCCCAGGAGAGAUUAAGUGGACCUGCUGGAAUGACAAUGGACUGGCAAGGUGCACCUGCAAGCCCUAGUUCAUAUACUGUGAAGAGGAUUUUGCGUCUUGAAAUACCCGUAGAUACUUAUCCAAAUUUCAAUUUUGUUGGGCGACUUCUGGGCCCUAGAGGCAAUUCGCUAAAACGCGUUGAAGCUACCACUGGCUGCCGCGUAUACAUUAGAGGGAAAGGGUCAAUAAAGGAUGCAGACAAGGAAGAGAAGCUAAGGGGAAGACCAGGCUAUGAGCACUUGAACGAUCCACUCAACAUCUUGAUUGAGGCUGAUUUACCUGCCAAUAUUGUUGACAUAAGGCUGAGACAAGCACAAGAAAUCAUAGAGGAGCUGCUCAAGCCAGUGGACGAGUCACAAGAUUUUAUCAAGAGGCAGCAGUUGCGUGAACUGACCUUGCUGAAUUCAAAUUUUAGAGAAGAUAGUCCCGGGCCAAGUGGUAGCGUCUCUCCAUUCAACACAAGUGGAAUGAAACGCCCAAAAACAGGACGCUGAAAGUUCAUAUGUUUGCAGCACCAUAUAUAUAUAUAUGCAUUAGUUUCUGUCCUGCUCCAGGAUAUUAUGGCCGAAUAUUUACUUCCAAUACAUCAAAUCUCAGCAGAACGGCAACAAAAGAAUAGGCUAACGGUUCUUUGCUGGUCAGCCUUCCGAUAGGGGGCUUUUUUGUUUAAAAAUUGUUGGUUCUCUUUUUCUUUUGGACAGUUAAACAAAAUGGAGAAAAGAAUUGAAAAAAAGAAAGAAAGAAGGAAUUAUAUAGUUGGCUGUUGAAUUUUUAGGUUUGGUUUGUUCAGAUUUCAUUGUAAGUUGGAUACAUUCAUUGGAUUUAUUCUUAUGUUGGUAAUUCUGAGAAUUGUGGAUGUAUUUUGUUAAUGGAUAUGGCGGAUCGAGUAUUAGGGUA